CCACAAAUCAAUUCGGCUUGGCGCAGGCGCAAUGUCAGUCCACUCGCAAAACAAUUACUCAUUAAAGAGCUAGCAAUACGAAGACAUUCUGCAGUUAUGUAGCUCAAUUAUUCCGAUCUCUAACAUGCUGGGCUUGAUUAUUAUAAGAUAACUUUUACGGCCACUCUUGGGCUCAAAAACCUGUUUAAAAGCGCCUGUAUUUGCGCGAAAGCUAACAAAAGUAGCCACAUGCUAACAGGCUACAGUGAGUUUGCGAUGCACUGCAGUUUUGUUUUUGUCUCUCAGACCGAUCGGCUAGCGGCGCAAAGGAGCUAACCUGCAGCUCUAUGUUUUUUUCCUGUCUUUUCGAUGGUGGCCUUUGGAAAAUAAGCUCCUCGUCGCUAGACCAAGUGUCCAGCUAAAGAUGUGGCAAAGUGUCGGGCUCACAUUGCUGGUCAUUGUGGCCACGCUGUUUUGUGUUCUUAUCUUCAUGUUGUGCGGUUGGUAUGUGGUCUGGCAGCUCUUCUUGUCCAAGUUCAAGUUCCUGCGCGAGCUCGUCGGGGACGCAGCCGCCCCGCGGGCGCAAGCGCAGCCGUCCGAAAGCGAGAACGAACGCGCCGCUGACGUCCCCGCACGCAACCGUCCCGGGACUGCACGCCAAAGAGUCGCCUUCCCGGAGAGCACCUUGUAGAUCGCCUCUGACCACAUCACCUUACACUAAACGGGAAUCUUUCCUGACUGACAUUCGGUUGAAGACUUGACCGGACCUGAAAGCCAUCCAUUUCUUAAUGUCGAAUCUUCUUUAUUAAGUUAAAAAAAAAAAAUGUGGUGGCAAUGGAUUGUGUUUGUAAGUAAGCUGACGACCUGUGUGGACUUCUUCACCUUCUUAAAUUGCAAUGAAAUGGAAAGUUGUCAACCCUGUGGCACACGAAUGCACAUACACACACACAAUGUACACUUGAAGAGCACUUGACAAGGAACACUGACAAAGCCGUGUGAUGUUUUGAUGCUGCUACAUACGACACAAGCUGACAUCCCGGAGCUCCCAAUGGACGCUCCCUGCUGCAGACUGGGCCGCCAUUAUGGCGUCCAGACCCGUCUCGCUCUCUGCCCGCACCAGCGUCAAGUCUAAAUGGCGUCUGUUGUUUUCAUCACGUCAGCUCCUUUUUCUAUUCCGUCUACAAGCAGGCCAAAUGAACUCAGAGCAAGGCCUUGUCGAUAUUUGUCUUCUGCUUUCCUUCCAGGUAGAAUCAAUCAUUUGCACCUUUUAAUUGAUGAUUAUUGUUUUCUGUGGGGCAGCCGCUUCAAACCAAACAUGUUGAGCUCAGUCCUAUUUUCUGCUCAAAUGUCUUCAAUUAUUUUUUUAUAUUAAAGUCCUCAUAAUUGAA